AUGGCAUCUUCAUGUUCAUCCUCUCUUCACUUCCUUCUCUUUUCAUCUCUCAUUCUCUUCUCCUUUUCUCCUUCAUCUUCUCAGCAAUCUUUCCGCCCCAAAGCUCUCCUCCUUCCAGUCUCCAAAGACGCUUCCACACGUCAAUAUGUCACCACCAUCAGCCAAAGAACCCCGCUUGUACCCAUCAACCUCGUCCUAGAUCUUGGUGGCCAAUUCUUGUGGGUAGACUGUGACCAAAACUACGUUUCGUCAACUUACCGUCCCGCCAGGUGCGGCUCAGCCCAAUGCUCGCGGGCUAGAGCCAACGGCUGCGGCGACUGCUUCUCCGCCCCUCGGCCGGGAUGCAACAACAACACCUGCAGCGUCUUUCCUGACAACACUGUGACCCGCACAGCCACGUCUGGUGAAGUUGCUCAAGAUGUUGUGGUGGUUCAAUCAACAAACGGAUUCAAUCCUGGAAGGAAUGUUUCGGCGCCGAACUUUGUUUUUUCCUGCGCGCCAACUUCUCUUCUGGAGGGUCUCGCGGGCGGAGCUGUCGGCAUGGCCGGUCUCGGAUGGACAAGAAUCGCAUUUCCUUCGCAAUUCUCUUCAACUUUCAGUUUCCAGAGAAAAUUCGCAAUCUGUCUUUCGUCUUCAAAAGGCGUCGUCUUCUUUGGAGAAAGUCCUUACGUUUUCUUCCCCAAUGUUGAUGCUUCUCAGCUCCUCAGCUUCACUCCGCUCUUCAUCAACCCCGUCAGCACAGCCUCCGCCUUCACCCAAGGCGAGCCCUCCGCUGAAUAUUUCAUCGGCGUGACAUCGAUCAACGUUGACGACAAUGUGGUCCCCUUGAACUCAACAUUACUUUACAUGGACAGCCAAGGCGUCGGCGGAACAAAAAUCAGCACGGUGAAUCCCUACACCGUGUUGGAAGACUCAAUAUACAAGGCCGUGACUGAGGCUUUCAUCAACGCGUCCGCCGCCAGAAACAUCACCAGGGCGGCGUCCGUGGCGCCAUUUGAUGUGUGCUUCGAUUCAAGCAACAUUCUGGGCACCCGCCUGGGAGCAAGCGUGCCGACCAUUAAUCUGGUUCUGGUGGGGGACGUGACGUGGAGCAUCUACGGAGCGAAUUCUAUGGUGGUGGUAAAUCAGGACGUGUAUUGUCUUGGAUUCGUUAAUGGCGGAAACAAUCCCAGAACUUCCAUUGUGAUUGGAGGGCUUCAAUUGGAGAACAUUCUUGUUCAGUUUGAUUUGACAACAUCACAGCUGGGGUUCAGCUCUUUGCUCAACGGCAGGCAAACUUCAUGUGCCAACUUCAACACCACUUCAAUUGCCUGAUUUAAUGGCCCUCAUCUUCAGGAUUAUAAUAUAAUUAUAAGACUUUGAAUAAUGGACUGUAAUUAAUAUUCAACGGGGUUUGAUUUAAUAUAAUUAUUUGUAAUACAGUUUCUUGCUUUACAUGAAUUGUUUUUCAUGAGAUGCAAUAA